UAGAGACUUCCCACGAAAAAGAAACGGUUUGGACGAUAGAGGGUGGAAAAAAAGCAGAGGAACUACUCCUGUUUACAACAACAUAAUGGAGCCUAAAUGGUCGAAUACCGUCUGCAAGCGUGUUUUACUGACUGGAUUUACGCUAUGUGUUGUAUUCGUCACAUUACCUACAUCGGCGAUCGACAUCCACGCCGAUCCUGAAGUGAUCGUACAGAACGGCACCACAGGUGUCCUCCGAUGCACCUUCAAGUCCAGCGAAGUGGUCAGCAGCGUCACCUCAGUAACCUGGUACUUUCAGUCGAGUCAGCCCGACAAUCAGUUCUCCAAAGCUCCGUACGUGAUUUACUACUUUUCCAACGGGAAAGGAUUCCCGGGACCAGUCGAGUUCAAAGACAGAGUGCAGUUUGUCGGAGAUAUCAACAAGAGGGACGUCUCAAUACAGCUGAGCCCGACUCAAUUCAGCGACAACGGCACCUUCUUCUGUGACGUCAAGAACCCACCAGACGUACAGGGAACGCAGGCUCGAACGGAGCUCAGGGUUGUCCUGAAAGAGUCUCUUCCUCAGAGCAACACUGCCCUUAUAGUCGGAAUAGUCUGCGGUGCUUUACUUCUGCUCGUCGUCAUCGCUGUAGCUGCCUGCAUUGCCAUGAGGGUGCUGCACAACCGCCAUGAUUAUGAAGGAUGUACGUCCUUGGAAAGCGUGAGCUCUCAUGCUCCGCAGCCACGAAAGAAGGUGGAGUCCAGCUUGGAGGGCUCCAGGUGUACCAGUCCCUCGGGUCCACUACAGGGCCCGGUGAUAUAUGCCCAGUUGGAUCACUCAGGCAGCAAAAACUCGUUCCAUAAGAUGGAGCCAGUGGUCUACGCUGACAUUCGUAAAAACUGAAGAGGAACUGGGGACAAAAAAAUAAAACACAGUAAAGUAUGAGACCUCUCUAUCAGCUGCUCUUGGGAAGGGUGGGAAUAUAUCAACAGGGACAAAAAUUGGUGCAGUUUCUCUCGCUUGUCUCUCUCUCUUUCUUUCUUUCUUUUGUUUUUUCUUUUCCAAAUUUUGUCCUCUGAAAGCAUGAUGCUAUGCUAUGAUAAAGUCUCCAUGUGCUUUGUUGUGAAGACAAAAAAACUUAAGAAACACCAGUUUCACAUCACUCCAUCACAUCAGCCUUGAAAUUGUUCUCCAAAACAGGGAUCAAAUUAAAAUAAGAAUGCCUUUCAUAGAUAUCAUUCCAAGUGUAAAAAUAUUUUACUUUAUUCCUUGUAGCUUUGUGCCCCCGAGAAGAAUAAAAAAAAACUUCUGCAGGCUGUUGCACCAACUCAAAUUAAUAAAUCUGAGAGCACACUAACUUAGAAUCACUACCUAAGCUAGCUACAUCCUAACCGAGGGAACGCUUUUUAAGACAUCGAUGCAGAAAUUGAUGUUUUAUCCAGAGCAGCAUUGAACUGAAAUGGAAAAAGAAGCCACUACUAACUAGUUAUUUAAAAAAAAAAAAAAAAAACACAUUAUAUCACAUUUGUUCGACCUUCUUCAUCACCUCAUUCAUCGAUCGCUUUCUGCGGUAUUUUGGUGCUUUAUAAUCAUGGCUGUACGACCAGUUGGUCAAAAACUAUACAAACGUCAAUAAGUAUCAAAGAAAUUCUGCCAACGUCAAAACCUCAACUUACAUGUUUCUGUUAUAAACAGCAGACUGUAGUUAUUCAUCAAAUGUACAUGUCAGCCACAUCAUAAAUGUAAAAAAAAAGUCACAAACUAUAUGCUCCUUGUGUCUCCAUCUAAGGAAAGAGUAAAGCUGGGCAGACACAGCGUCAUUUAAUUCAUCGUUUACGUUGCAUUAACCCUACCUGCCUUUCUGGGCUCCGGUGCUCACAGUGUAUCUGCUCACGACAAAAACAGAUCAGAACAGAACAGAUUAUGUUUCUUCAGCAAUUUCCACCUUUUUUUUAAUCCAAGCUAGACGUCUGCAUCCAAAAAAUGCUGUUAAUAAAAGGGAAAAUUAUCUACAUUGUUGACUAAUCUGUCCAUUAUUUCCUCAAUUAAUUGUUCAUUUUGUAAGAUGGCAGAAAAUGGUGAAAAUCUGUGUUUCCGAAAGCCCAAGAUGACAAAUGUCUUGUUUUGCCUGCAACCCAAAGAUUUGGUUUACUGUGAAGAGUGGGGAAAAAAUGAAACUGAAAUGCAAACUGGGUAUGGACAAAUGGCUGUGAAAAAGUCUGGUUUUCAGCAAAGUCUUAGUUAAAACAACACUUCAAAACCCCUUUAAGCGGAACUAUUUCAGCACACUAAAUGUAUGUAAUGAUCUCUGACAACAGUUUUGUGAGAAAUCGGAUUGGAACAACUAAAACUGCAAACAAUAUCUGACUUGCCUUAAGUUCAACCAGAAAAACUUCAAUCUAGUCUUGCAUAGCUGAACCUAUCUAAACCGCUGUGGAGAAUGGCCUGACUGCACUUAAUCAAAUCUAAUUAUCAUUCCGAUCAAAAACACUUUGUAUGCCUUUUAAACCAGCCGUCUUAGGCGGCGCUAAGCCCAGGAUGUAGUGAUGGUGCCCCUUCAAAAUAGUGAUAGGGAAGUUGUUUUGGUGGAACAUUUAGAAAAUUAAUUAACAAUAAGUAGAAUGCCUUGCCGCACGAGCAAAAUCUUUAAGCAAAACUUGAAAUUUCCAGGAUAUCAGGGGUUAUUGUUUGUGUUUCCCCCCUUACAGCACAUCCCAACCAUCCACAUGAUCGUCAAAUUUAAGUUAUUCCUGGUGCUGCGAUUAAUCCACACUGUGUCUGUCCAGCGUUACGCAUGCCAGCGCGAGUUCAGAGUCCUCGUCUCAGCUUCAUAUCGCAAUUCUACGUUGUUACUACUUUGCACAUAGCAGGUGCAACAGUCUGCUGAAGCCACAGGUCAUCUCCACCGUCGGGCACUUCCAUAGUGAUCUUGUUUUGUAGAGGCGUCUAAUGUAGAGCUAGAUUUUUACAUAGCCUUCGGUAAACUCUGCAUGCAGUUGUAAUAACAUCUACAGAAAAUAACUUUGGUACUCCUCGGCUACUGUUAAGCAGAAGAAGCCGUCUGACGUUGUAUUACUGUGAAUGCUUCAGUUCUCUGUAAAAGUUCUGGCAUGUAGUUGUGGUACCUUUUAAAGACACUGCCUCCCUUGUUGAUUUUCACCUCAGUGGAACAUACAGCAUCUUUCAGUUUUGAAUUAAUUCCAGAUCACUCUGAGUUUCCGAUUGUAUGUCGGUUUUAUUUAAAAAAAAAAAAAAAAAAAAAAGCAUAUAAACACACAAGUAAUGCAACCCAUAUAGAUUUUUUUCAUCUGAGAAGCCUUUAGUGGCGGUUCAUUAUUUCUUGUUAGCUUUAAUUCAUUUUAAAAUACGUGCGUUGAAAACUAAAUGUUCAAUUGAGGUGAAAUAUCUCCUUUUUAUAAAAUCUGGGAGAUGUCAUUUGUUGAACAAGACGACUUAUAAAUACACUGUUUGCAUGCAAUUUACUAACAUAACAAUCAUGAUUAUGAAAAUAUCCGUCCUUUUUUUAAAGCUAUGUAUCAUGUAAAGCUCUUUUUUUCCAAACUAAUGGGCCAAAUAUGUAAUAUCAACAGUUUUUUUAUUUUUGUUUCCAGUUGCUUUUCAGCUUUAAAUGCAUUCCAAAUUAUUAUUUUUUUUGUCUUAAAGCAUUUAAAAGCCAAAUUUUAUGUUGUAAUUUUGUCUGUUGAUGGUUCGGUUACCGAUGAGAAUGAUACUUGUGUCGCAUACAGUCUAAACACCUUCAGCUUGUGAUUCCGAAUGCAGUAAAUUUCCAUGCUGAUCAGUGUUUGUAUAUAUUUCUUGCUCAUCAUGUAAAAUAUAGUGCUGUUUACUGUAACUCAUUCCAGUGUGGUCGGGCUGUGGAUGACUUUCCAGAGGUGGGAAGUAGUUUGCUGUAGAGGUCUGGACAGAUGGUGGCAUGCUUUAUGUUUCCUCUCUUUAGUCUUAAUUAUUUGUCACCAGACACUCUGACAUCUUGUAUACGGUGCCUGCAGCCGGUGUCAAGCCUGUCGGCCCAAAAUGGAAUGAAUUAAGCUCUUUUUUUUUCUUUUUUAUAAACAACUGGGUUCACACAAAAAAAAACAAUUAAUGUGAUGUUUCUGCAGCUUUAAGUUAGUUUCAAUUAAAAAUCCAUCGCUUAAUAUUGUGAAAAGAUGAAGUUAAUAAACCAGAAUAAAUAGCUUCAAAAGGGAAACAAACAGAAUGAUUCGCGAUCUGCUCAUUCCAGGUUUAAGCCUGUACAGUUUAAAGUUGAGCCUGGAUCCUGAAAAGCUCUUCUAGAUGAUGUGAUCUGGAGGAGUUUUGCAAGUAAAUGUCUCAGUAGAGGCAGCAUAAAUGGAAAAUAAGUUAUACUUCCUAUUAUAAUGCUAGAAAGUCACCCUUUUUUCUCAUUUACAUCCACGAUGUAGAACAUUUUGUUGCGGUUUAUUUAACAUAAACCACUGACAGCACAUUGUAUUGCUUCUUUUUCUCACACAGGAUUGAUUGUAUCAUUGUGAAUGUCACAGAUCAUGUUCAUGUUGCUGGUAACAGUAGGUUUAGAUGAACUUUACAAACCUGAAAGACUGUCGAGCUCAUCACACAUCUGAAAACUAAAUCUGUACGUAGAAUACAACUUUAUCAUCACAUCAGGCCAGAAAAUGUGUUCACAAAUCAUUAGCGUUAAAGCAAUAUGUUCCAAAUAUAACUGAUGAUAAACGGUAAAGAAACACUUAACGUUACCUUUUCCCCCCUUUCUUAUCAUGUGCAAACAUUAGCAGUCAGCUGUAUUUAUGCACUGUCGGUAAAACAGGAAAAAACUGGCGCAAAUCGAAGUCAAAUGUGCUUUAUAAUGUUUUUUAAUGUGCUUUUUGAUUUACAUCAGUCGACAGAAGAGUGAUAUAUAGAUGUGAUCUUUUGCUAGCAGAUGAGGAGUGAAGGAUGUUGAAAUUAACAGAUAAAACAACAUCCCGUUUUCUGAAAAAAAUAAUUUGCUUGAGCAGUCAAAUGUUACCAAAAAAUCUUUGGGUUGAGGAGCAGUUUAAGAAACAAAGAGUUUAUUUAGAUUCACAAAAUGAGCAUAAAUAAAUAAUAUCCUUAUAUUUUCAGAUCAUUUUACUUUACUGAUAAAUGUUAUGCAAUAAUUUAAAAUAUACUUUGUUAUUUUAAAAUGUUGUCCUGACAAAGUGUGCAACGGUUAAUAUACUAGCUAACAAUGCUAACAGUUAGCUUUCAUUACAUUAUAGGAGUGUAAUAUUUUGCUAGUACAUCAUUGCAACAGCUGUAACUCAACAGAACACGCUAGCAGUUAGCAUAUUAGCAUGCUACGUUAGCAAUAAUCUCUGACAGGAAUGCUUUCAUUUCUUGGAAUAGAAGAGUUGGACGUGUAAAAUCUUCCCAGUUAGAAUUUCUAAACACUAUAUAAAUGGUUUCUAACACGCUUUAAUGUAACUGUAAGCAAAUUUGUGUGUUUAAUAAUGUGUUUGUCAACAGCUAGAAUGAGUAAAGCUGCUGUAUAAACAGAUAUUGAAACAUAAUGCAGAAAUAUGUCAUUGUUGAAGUUCCAGUUGUUGACAAAUGCUGUACUUAAAAAUGUUAUUAAUGUCUGCUUAUAACUACACUAAAAUGUGUUAAAUACACUGUGAUUUUGUUUAUAUAUGCUAAAUAAAGGAUUAAACAGACAUUUUCAGCUGUUAGUGGAGCUAGAAGUGAAAAGUAAGAGAGUUGUACCAUUUGAACCAUGUGCAUCACUUUAAUUCUUUGUUUUACUGCCACGGUGUGCUCACAGAAAGUGAAAUCUUUUUAUUUAAUUUUGAAUAAAUCAUGACUGCACAAUGCUAAACUGCCUUUUCAUUUACAACUAAAGUCAAUAGGAUUGUUUUUUUUGGCAGAGUUUCGUUUCAACUUAAUUUCUGUGUGCAUAAGAAGUUUAUUUAUUCCCACAUUUUUUUUAAAAAAAAAUUUGAAACAGCAUUCUGACUGAAAAAAAAUAAUUCGAUCCAUUUUGGCUCGACUGUGGCUGCAGGGUGCUGUGUUGUCUUCCAUCUUUUAAGUCUUUUCUGUCAGUUUCUGUUGUUUACUUCGUUUACUAGUUAGCAGCAUGUUUUUUCAGUGUAUUGACCAAAAUGAAAAAAGAAACCAACAAUGUAAGAUACUGACAAAAACCAUUAACUGCUGGUCGCUUUGCUCCUGAUUGUGACUCGUUGCAGUGUUUAGUGCUGUUGUAGAAAUUGUGGUGUAAACUAUAAAUUAUGAAAGAUUUCCGAUCCGACCGAGCCGUCGCGCUUCGUGUGGUGUUUUUGAGUGAAUGCAGGCUGCACGGUUCGCUCACGAGUCUUAAAGUGUGGCGCUCAGCAUUUCCUCGAUGGUAAAUAGUUGUGUGUUAUUUGAGAAUUGUUUGGUAUGUUAUGUUGUAAAAUCUGCACUAUGUCUUGCAUAUCAAAGACAACAAAAUGCCCUGUGAUUUUUUUUUUUGUUUUAUUUUUUAUUUUUUUCGUUCAUCUCUGAAUGACCUUGGCCUCUGUUUAACGUCUUUAAAACUGGAAUGUUGUACAUUUAGUGCCUUUUACAUUUCAUCAGCUAACUUGAACAUCUGCUCAAAAUAGAAAAAAGAUAAGAUUCAUUUAUUUUCCUUUUAUUGUAUGUAUUUUUUUAUACACAUAAUAUCGCCUCUGUAUCCACUGUUCAAAUUUUAUAUAAAACUUAUUCCUGGCCAAUUA